AUGGCGUCAAAUAUCUUUGAACCUCCAGACGAGGCAGUCUUGGCUCCUCUACUUCGUCAAUUUCCUGGCAGGGAUCACCAGAUACGUUCGCUUGCCUCUUUGCUCCAUACAGACGCCGCGCCUUGUCGAAACCUUGUCCUACACGGCUCCGAAGCGACGGGGAAAUCCAGCGUCACGGCCCAGCUGCUUGCACGAUUAGCACAGCAUGAUAGCACAGGUGAUAGCGCCGCGAGUAAUCGUGCUCCCGCGCUCGUUUACGCAACUGUUGACGUUGCCCGAUGCAUUUCUGCGCGGCACUUCUUCGAGGGUAUCAUUGUUGCAGUAACCAGUGCGCUCAACGCAUGGGAUGGCACCGAAGAUAGCGACAAUUUGCCGCAACGAUGCGAGACACUGGCCCAGCUUGCAGCCUCGCUAAGCUCUAUAUUCGACCAGCCUCGGAUAAAAGAUAAUUUAAAGCAUUUUGUGCUGGUAUUAGAUGGUAUGGACAAGCAAAGGGACGCGCCUCCAACUUUGAUGCCGGCGUUGGCGAGGUUAUGUGAAACUAUUUCAUUCCUUACAUGCGUUUUUGUCGUUACAACUCCACCGGCUGGGUUUCUUCGAGCUUGUCCAACUUCGUACCUCUACUUCCCUCCAUAUAACAAAUCCGAAUUGAUCGAGAUUCUGUCAAAAGAGCCUCCAUCUCAUACUCAAAAAAUUACAAGCGCAGCCGAGGAUGCACAAGAAACAACGUUAGAUCCGAACGAAGCAACUCUAUGGACCAAAUUCUGUGCUACAGUCCAUGAUUCUCUUGCUCAGUCCGCUGGACGGUCGUUGCCUUCUUUCAGAAACAGCUGCCACACUCUUUGGCCGCGGUUUAUAGCGCCCAUUGUUGCCGGAACAAACACGCCGCACCAAUUUUCGAAGCUGCUCAUUGCUGCCAGACCCUUUUUCCAGGAUGAGGCCUUCCUAAAUCCCAAGAUUAUUUCGCCCCGAGUCUCAACAUCUAAAACAAGCAUCGAGAAUGGCAAGCAGCCUUCAAGUCGAUACUUCGAAUCAUCACUAACAUUAACUAUCUCAACCUCACAACCUCUCGUGGGACUGACAGGCUUACUACCAACUACCGCUCGAGUACUCUUGCUCUCAGCCUAUAUCGCGUCUCAUAACACUGUCCGCCAUGAUUUAACUCUAUUCUCUACCCAUUAUAGUGGUCGCAAGCGCCGGCGUGCCGGCCCCAACUCUUCUCGAGCCAAUCACCGAAAUAAACAGCAACGCUUGUUAGCGAUAUUUGAGGCUAUACGAACGGAAUGGAUCCCAUUGGCUGUCUUACCAGGCAUAGAUGGCGAUAUCGGUAUGGGCUUGGCCACUUUAGCCAGUCUGAGACUACUUAUACGAGUGGGAACCGGAGAUAUUAUGGACAGAUCUGGGAGAGGUAUUGGGGUCAAUAUCGAAGAAUGGCUCGUGGAAUGA